AUGAAGCCACGGCGCAUCGCGGUUCUGGAAUGUGAAGAUGCAGAGAAGUGGAAGGAUAUGACGCUGGAGCUCUGGCGCCGCACGCUGGAGCGCCCGGGUGACGAGUUUGUCGUCUUCCGCUGCACCCAGAGCGAAUUCCCCACUCCCGCCGCAGCCGCCGCCGAUUUCGACGCUUUGGUAGUUGGCGGCAGCCACUACAGCGCUUACGAGGAUCAUGAAUGGAUCCGGCAGCUCAAGGCGCUCGUGCCGCAGUAUGUAGAACGCGGGGCCAAGAUUAUUGGCUGCUGCUUCGGCUGCCAGGUACUGGCGGAGGCGCUCGGCGGCCGCGUCGGCCGCAACCCAUCCGGCCGCUUCGUGCUCGGCGUGGAGAGGGUCGCGCCAACGCGCCAGCUGGCGCGGCUGCCGGAGUUUGAGCGCAUCGUGAUGCGUGCGCUGGACCAGCAGCAAAAGGCGGACCACCAGCAGCAGCAGCAGCAGGAGCGGCAACAGGAGGAGGUCGAGGCGGGAAGCACGGGCGGCGUCGGCCUCGCAUCGGCUGGGGAUGGAGGCAGCGGGCCGCAGUUGGCGGCGAACGCGUCCGCCUGCGGCGCAUGCUUCAGGGUCUUGGAGUCCCACGGGGAUCAGAUCUUAGAGCUGCCGCCGGGCGCCGUGGCGCUGGCAUCGUCGGGCAGCGCCGCGUACGAGUUGUGGGCCCUGGGGGACCGACUGAUCGCCUUCCAGUUCCACAUCGAGUUCGGCGGCCCCAUGGCUUUGGAGAAGAUAUGGCCCACCCUCACCGCCAACGGCCGGCUGUCGUCGGAGGAGUCUGCAGCGUCAGAGGCGCAGCUGCGGUCCGGGGACGAGCGCCCGGGGACUGUGGCCGAGCUGCUGCAGCAUUUCAUUGCUCACGGCCUCGGGGGUGGCGGCGACGGCGGCGGCGACAUUCGAGGGGCGGCGGCGGCGCCGGCGGCGGAUGCAGGCACAGGGGAUGAUGCAGACGAGGCUGGGACGGGGCAGCAGGAGCCGUCAGAAGAUGACGUGACAGCUGCACCGCAGCAACAGCAGCAGCAGCAGCAGCAGCAGCAGCAGGAGCAGGGGACGGCGAUUGCACAAGACCUGCAGGCUUCCAGCUUAGCUGCCCAUCCCAGCAGGGGCGACGCUGGUGUGAGUGAGAUCAGUGCCUCGCCAAGCACCAGCCCCAACAAAGCCCAGCCGCAGCUGCACGCACCCCUCAUUGCCGCGCCCGGGGCCCAAGACACGCCGCGAGGCAGCGGCGCGGCAAGCCCGACAGCCGCCUCUGCUCGCAGCGGCGGCGCCACCGCCGCGGCCGCCGGUCCGGCGGCGCCCGCGAGCAAAGCGGCGAGCGCGGCAUCGGCCGUCCCCUUCUCAUUCAUGGCACGCCAGCGGCGGCAGCAGCAGCACGAGGAGCAGCUGGCGUCCUUAUCCUCGGACGCGGUUUCCGAGGUUGCGGCCGCCUUGGACGCACGGAUGCGGGCCGCGAACUGCGACAUGGAUCUGCUCGCCGGCUGCGACGACGCGGCCGCCGACGAGUACGGCCGUGCCGCGGACAUCGCCGCGGCCCUCUCGCGCUUCGCGUCUGACCUCUCCGCCAGACAAGGCGACGCCGCGGCGGCGCUGGCGCUGGCGCCGGAGGUCUUGGCGCGGGUGGCCGGCCUAGAGGCUGACGUGGCGGAGUUGGAGGCGGCCGCGAAGUCGCUGGAGCGGAGAGUUGCCGCGAUCACACAGGCCGCGGCGCCGGCGGCGGGGACUGCGCCAGCGGCGGCGCCUGCGGCGCCGAGCGGGCUCGCGGCGAGCGUCGGCGCGAGCGCCGCGGCGGUGUCGAGCGGGAUCAGCGGGCUGGUUGGUGGGCUGGGGGGCGGGGGCGCGGCGGCGUACAAGUUGGUGCUUGGGAGCUUCGGCGGCGGCAGCAGCGGCGGGGCUGUGGGGGGCGGCAGCGGGUCCGGAGCGGCAAAGGGUUGA